AUGGCUUGCUUAAUAAGCUUUGUGUUCAUAGCCUUAAACUGCCUUUCUCUUCUAUCAGGCUUCAUCGCCAUCUCUUGUGCAGCUUAUGUUCAAUUCAAUGGCGGCACAAUUUGCCAGAAAGCCCUAGAGGCCCCGCUACUGGUCACCGGUCUCAUCUUACUGCUUGUCUCGUUGCUGGGGUUGAUUGGUUCAUGUUGCAGGGCCAAUGGGCUUCUCGUCUUCACCAUUUUUAUACUGGCUGUUACAAACAAGGCCGUGGGCAAGAGAAUAUCCGUAAACCCACUUCAGGAUUACUCCCAAUGGCUGCAAAAUCACGCUCAUGGAAGAAAAUGGCAACAGAUAAAGGGCUGUUUGAUCGAUGCAAAAGUGUGCAGUGAUCUCAAUGAUGUAAAUAUUAAGGAUUGGUCUUUAAUACAGUCCGGCUGCUGCAAGCCACCGAUGUAUUGUGGGUUAAAACUUAAAAACUCGACGAUCUGGGUGGUGCCAGAAGGAGGUCCAGCAGUGGCGGACAGCGACUGCACCACCUUCAGCAACCACCGGCAGACGCUUUGCUACGACUGCAAGUCAUGCAAGGGAGGAGUUCUUGACGAAGUUAGGCAAGAGUGGAGGCUUUUGGGUGCAUUCAUUGCCUGUAUGAUGGCCAUUUUGAUGAUGAUGUUCUCUCUUGGUUGUUGCAUUUGGACGAAGUAUAAGGAUGAUGAUAAGCCUCGGGGCCAUCGCCAUGUCGCUUUAUUUCUACGUGCAUGGCCAUUCACAAUGCGAGAAAGCCCUGCAGAAUCCGUUGCUCAUAACGGGCACCAUUCUACUCGUCGUUUCAUUGCUGGGGCUGAAUCGGCUCUUGCUGCAGGCUUAACACUUUGCUGUUUGUUUACCUGA